UCCUUGCGCGCAUGCGCGGCGCUGCCUGCUGGCGGCUGAGCGGGAGGCGCUGCGCGCCGCCCUUCCUGAGCAUGGCGGAGGCAUAUUUCCCCGUAGGCCCCGGGUUGGGCCCCGAGGAGAACUUCUUAUCGCUGGACGACAUCCUCAUGUCGCAGGAGAAGCUGCCUGGCCGCGCCGAGAGCAGCCUGCCCCGCCUGGCCUUCGCGCUGGGCCAAGGGACCGGCGCCGGCUCGGGAGACUCCAUCCCUGAGGGCUCAAAGCUGGAGAUCCCGAUGUGGCUGGCCAAGGGGCUGCAUGACAGCAAGAGGAGGCUGAUCUCUGUGGAGCUGCCCAAGAUCUACAAGGAGGCCUGGAGGACGGUGUUCAGUGCUGAUGCCAAUGUGGUUGAUUUGCAUAAAAUGGGACCAUACUACUAUGGAUUCGGUUCGCAGCUCCUGAACUUUGACAACCCAGAGAACCCUGAGAUAGCUCAGACUAUCCUGCAGACAUUUAUUAGCCGUUUCCGUCGUAUCAUGGACUCCUCUCAGAAUGCCUACAAUGAAGACACGUCAAGUCUAGUGGCUCGGCUGGAUGAGUUAGAGCGAGCCUUAUUUCAAGCUGGCCAGAAGGGGCUGAAUGACUUCCAGUGCUGGGAAAAGGGACAGGCUUCACAAAUCACAGUUUCCAGUCUGGUCCAGAAUUACGGGAAAAGAAAAUUUACAGAAAUGGAUGGUUAAAAGCCUGAAGAACAGGUAGCUGCAGCGGGGGACACAGAGAUUAAUAGUCACAGGACAGAAAGAUGAAUCAGCUUUGGGAAAAGACAGACUCCCUGCCCAUUAAUGGGAGUUCUUCUCUCUGACAUCUUUGGAUUAGUCUUGUGCAAAUUUUAAAGGCAGAUGGCAAGUAUAUAAAAAAUAGAUUGCAUCCCAUUGCUGAAUAGCCUUACAGCUUACUCACACCACUCCUGAAGAUGUGUGGUUACAGUGCUUGCUAAGUGACUGAAAGGAUAUGAGAAGAUUUUCUAAAAGGGUAAUUGAUAUUUAUCAUUCUUAAUCUUCCAAAUUGAUAUUUACAGUACCUGAUCUGUUUGGAAAAAGAGUUUAAUUGUUUGUAGUCCAUCCUUCCCAUACCAGCCUCUUGGGAACAUCUAUUUCCAGCUUUUCCAUUCUUUGGAGAGCCCCAGUGAUGUGGGAAAAAAAAAAAAUGCUACAAACCACACUGAGCUUUUCCCCUUCCUUGUGCAUUUAAGUAUAGCAGAUGCUCUCCAUGAGGCAGGGAUCCUUUUCCUUGCUGGUUUUUGCAUGCAGUGUUAGUAGCUCAGAGAAGAAUACUUCUCCACCUGUGCAGCAAGGGAAGUGGCUGCACAGGUCUGAGGAGCUGCCUGGUCUUCUCUUUCCCUUCAGGCCCUUGUAGGAUCAGUGCCAUGAGUGGCAGAGGAUGUUCCCAUCUGCUGUGAGUGCCUUUUGUGGCAGAUGUGUCUUUGCAGUGGAUGUUGAGCUCUUCCACUCAUUUUACAGGGGCAACGAAAGUUAGUCUGGGCUGGAUUAAAAGCAGAUGCUUUAAUGGAAAUCAUCCUCCAUUAUCAACCUCUGCAUCACCUUUUUUCCCCCAUGAGAAAGACUUCUGCUUGCUAUGUUCAAUUACUAGUGGAGGGACAGAGCAAAUGAAAUGAGUUUCCUUCCUUCUGAUUCAUCUGUAAAAUGAUCCUAGUAAAUGUCAUCACUGCCAGUAGGAGCUACUGAAGCUGGUUCUUGUUAAACUGCCCAGUGGUUAUCAUGCUGCAUGCAUGUCCUUCCUGCUCUGGGAGUCUCUAGGAGACAACAGCAGUUCUGACAUAAGACCUUCACGAUUUGAUGCACCAAUUUUUGUAGGAGUCAUUUCUGGCUUUGCAGCUGCAUCUGGACAUCAGAUUCUUCUGACUGGAGACUUGCAGUGCAAAUGGUGCAUGGUCAUUCCUUGGGCCAAGGAGCUCUGCCCUGCAGGUUGUGAGAGGGGGCAGGGUGCUGGCUUCAGCACCUGCUGGGGAGACAAACUGGAAAUUGUGCCUUACAAAGUGUUUUGAGUAUGUACAGGAUCAAAUGCCACUGCACAUAGUAGCCUAGGCAUUUUCUUGUAACAUUUGUGUAUUUUCUAUUUCUGGAUUUUUAUACUGAAUAAAUAUUUUUAAGGGGAA